UUUUUUUUUUGUAUAAUCUUUGAAUUAAAAAAUGACAACCAUUAGCAAACUCAUUUAUCUUAUUGUUCUUAUUGCACUUUUUUCGACUCUUUCAUUUGCUGUUGACUCAUCAUCAUCGUUGGCAGCAAGUGCAUCGGCUUCACCUUCAUCUAGUGGUAAAUCUUGUCCUCCUAUCGCUUGUACUCAACCCAGUAGUAAACCUGCAUGUCCUUCAGAAUGUCCAAACAAUUGUCAAUUUGUCAAAGAUCAAUGUUGUCCUAACAAGGAGAUAGGCGUUUGUAGUUCAUCCAGUGCUAGUGCUUCUAGUGGAUCUCCCACUAGUGCUUCAUCUGGUUCUUCUCCUACUGCUUCAAAUGGAUCAUCAUCUGCUGGUGCUGCUACUUCUGGUUCCGGAAGUGCUAGUGCUCCUUCAUCCUCAGCUUCUACUCCAUCAUCAGGUCAUCUUAGUUUCAAUAGUUAUCACGCUUAUUUAUUCAGUAUUGCUAUGAUCUGUUUUUCUUUCUUCUUCCUUGUAUAAAUUUUUAUUGAUAAUAAAUCUAUUUAUAUGAAAGCAUCA